AUGAAGCGUCUUCUAGUUUUGUUGUUGGUGACUGCUGUCUUCGCCGAGGAGAAGAAGGUAGAAGAGAAGAAAGAGAACAAGAAGCAUGACAAAAGAGGAAUAGAAGACUUUGUGGAUUACGAGUUCAGUGGUGGAGACUUUGGUGGACACGAUUACGGAGGCCAUGACUUCAGAAAUCAUCACCACCACGAGGUGAAGACUAUCACGAUAGAGAAGGAGGUGAAGGUGCCGUACCCGGUCCACGUGGAGAAGAAGGUACCGUACCCUGUCAAGGUGCACGUCGAGAGGCCGGUCCCCUACCCUGUGGAGAAACCUUACCCUGUGGCUGUGGAGAAGAAAGUGCCUUACCCGGUCAAGGAGUACAUCCCUAAACCUUACCCUGUCGAGAAGAAGAUACCUUACCCUGUGAAGGUGCCUGUGGUGAGGCCACUCCCCGUGCAUAUCCCCAAGCCUUACCCCGUCUACGUAGAGAAGAAGGUGCCCUACCCUGUAGAGAAACAUAUCCCUUACCCGGUCAAGGUGCAUGUCCCCCGGCCUGUCCCCUAUCACGUUCCUGUUGUCAAACACGUGCCUUACCCCGUCGAGAAGAAGGUUCCUUAUCCCGUCAAGGUGCCAGUUGAGAAGCCAGUUCCCUACCCUGUGGAGAAGCCUUACCCCGUCUACGUAGAGAAGAAGGUUCCCUACCCGGUGGAGAAGGAGGUGCCGUAUCCAGUCAAGGUUCCGGUUCACAUCCCGGUCCAUGUCCACGAGCAUCAUAAGCAUGAGGAACAUCACUUUGGAGAACAUAAUUUUAAAGGAGAGGGACAUGGUCACAGCAGUUUUCACUUUGGAGGCUAUGAACUAUAAAUAGUAUCUAAGACAUUGUAAAUAAUGAAAAUGUGAAUAUGUAUUUUGUACAGUUUGUAUACAUUAAAUUGC